AUGGAUAAAUCUGAGUUGGCGAUUAAAGUGAGCAAGUUGCAGAAUAAAUUAAGGGAGUUAUCUGAAAAUGAUUGUGAAACUCCUAUGCAAAAGCUGAAAAAACUAGAAAAUCUCGGAGAUGAAAUAUUUCCAAUUAUAGAAUCUCCAACGCUGCAGCAUGAAGAUGAAUCUACUAAAGGUUUAACUGCUGAACUACAGUUAACUAUUAAAAACUUGGACAAAAUCAGAGGGGAUCUUUUAUCAGAAAUAAAAAAUCAACUUCAUAAUCCAAACUCAGAUGGUAAUCAUAGUGUCUACCAACCCAUAGCCGAUGAACCUUCACCUUCAAAUUAUGAUGAAACUGCUAGAACUACCAGGACUGGACGCAAAAAGACAUUACUUUCAUCGAAUACCAAAGAUAUUAUGCCAAAAUUAAAAGAUGAAACUCCCCCAAAAUACUCUAACCAAAUGGUUAUGGAUUUACAGCAGAAAUUGCUGAAGGAUGAUGUAUUUGUUGAGGAUUCCAAGUUGUUAAGUGAGAGGACAACGAGGCUGAAGCGAUUGGAGGAGGAAUUAGUGGGAAUACAGGAUCUGUAUAUCCAAGUUAGUGAUCAGACUAUGUCACAGGGUGAACAGUUGGAUUCGAUUGAGAAUAAUAUGGCAACUGCGGCAAACCAUUCCAAGGCUAUGAAAAAUGAAUUUAACAUUACUAUUGAAAGGAACAGGUGGCCUAAGAAGUUAAUUAUUUCACUUUUCAUUAUUUCUUUGAUUUGCACAGCAGUUAUUUACUUUUCAUUUUCUCGCCGAUAA